UUGUAAAAAAUGUUUUUGCAAGUAACUUAAAGUUUUUUUUAAAUGUAUAUUUUGUUGGCAACAAUAAUCAUUCUAUGCACACAGAAAAUUGUUCAAUUGGAUGUUUUUGCUCUAAAUCCCGGUUGAUGGGCUAGUACGUGCACAAAAGUUCCAAGAGGCCAGAUGUAAUUGUGAGGAACAGAUAGCAUCUUCACCUUCCUCCUCUCCUCUCCUCCAUCCUGCGAGCAGCCGCCCGGACAGAGAACGCAACAGAGCAACUGUAAGAAAAGAUGAUUAGAACAGCAAUGGAACACGUAAAGAGGCAUCCAGGGCUCAUCCCCCAGUUAUUCUUCAUCUUGUUGGGAAUGGGAGGAGCCUCCUUGUAUUUGGUCCGUCUUGCAAAGGGGCCCCAUGUCACCUGGAACAAGAAGAACAACCCUGAGCCCUGGAAUCAGCUUGACCCUACCUACCAGUACAAGUUUGUGGCCAUCGAUACUGACUACAAGAACCUGAAGAAGGAGGGACCUCAAUUCUGAGUAUCUUCCCUCUAUCCUAACGGCACCAAGUCCAGCCCGAAGAACGUCACUGAAGAAUUAAAAUCUGUGAAUUAUUCUUCUCUCAAUGCUUCUAUACGGAUAUUUGGAGAUUGAUCCAUAAUGUUGAUGAUCAAAUCUAAAUUUGUCUGUUUGUUUUAUCAUAAACACUUCAUUGUUAGUUUGCCACUAAAUUUAGCAAUGAAUGUGCGCAUUAUGAAAAGAGGCAAGAGUGUGCAUAGAUUUGUUCACCAAAUUACAGUGAACAAAAAUAUACAAAUGCAACAUGCAACAAUUUCAAAAAUGUUACUGAGUUACAGAUCAUAUAAGGAAAUCAGUCAUUUGAAACAAACUAACCUGGCCUUUUGGAUUCUAGCUUGAAAUAUACUUAUUCAUGUUACCAUACCAGAACUUAGUGAUUACUUUACAUGAUGGGUUGGGAAGGUUACUUUCUAAAUGUAAUCCGUUACAGUUACUAGUUACUUGUCCAAAAUUGUAAUCAGUAACAUAACUUUUGGAUUACUAUUAGAUUACUUUCCCCUUAAGAGGCAUUAGAAGAAGACAACAUGUAUGUUACCAAUUGAACAACAUCUUAUUGCAGGAUAAAUCCAUGCUGAAGUUUACAUAGCUGGCCAUAUAUGGAUGUUAAAUUUUACUUUAUGGGUUGGUUAUGUAGGCUUCUGCUAAACCAUCGCUUUCUACUACAUAUAAUAAUACAAUUAAAUGAUAUCUUUACAUUUAAAAAUCAAAGUCUAUCAGAAUUCCAGACAUUCCAAUAAAUGUUAUACCCCUUGAUCUUCAAGAAUAGGACUUGGAAAUAUGGAAGAAUAUAUUAGCUAAAUAGUUUUACAUGAGUGUAACCCCAAAACUAAGGACUUAUUAGCCAGCCCUACACUGUUGUUUAUGAUUUUGUUGUCAUGGAGGACUGAUUGGGCUCAUUAAUAAAUGCUGCUCUCAUGGAA